AUGAGAGUGAAGACCGAAAUGGAUGACGACGAAAAGGGAAAAUUGUUCGUUGGUGGGUUAUCAUGGGAGACAACCCAAGAAAAUCUCCAACGUUACUUUGGUCGCUAUGGCGAGGUCAUUGAUUGCGUUGUUAUGAAAAACAGCGAAUCUGGGCGCAGUCGUGGAUUUGGAUUUGUAACAUUUAGUGAUCCUGCUAAUGUUUCUUUGGUCCUUCAGAAUGGGCCUCAUCAACUUGAUGGACGUACAAUUGAUCCAAAACCAUGUAAUCCACGUACUCUUCAAAAGCCAAAGCGUAGUGGUGGCUUCCCGAAAGUCUUUCUUGGUGGUUUGCCAAGUAAUGUUACGGAGACUGAUUUAAGAUCUUAUUUUACUCGCUUUGGUAAAGUCAUGGAAGUGGUCAUAAUGUAUGAUCAGGAGAAGAAAAAAUCAAGAGGAUUCGGCUUUCUCAGCUUUGAGGAUGAAGAAGCAGUGGACCGUUGUGUUGCAGAACAUUUUGUCAAUCUGAAUGGAAAGCAGGUUGAGAUUAAAAGAGCCGAACCGCGGGAUUCAUCGAGCAAAAUGAAUGAUAGUCAUCAGGGUCAAUGGGGCCCACCUCAACAAGGUGGCCCGCCGAUGGGAAUGGCCGGAAAUAUGGGGCCUAUGGGUGGACCAAACGGUCAGAUGGGUGGACCCAUGAUGGGUGGACCCAUGGGUCCGCCUGGUAAUAUGAUGCAGCAAUAUCAGGGUUGGGGUACCAGUCCUCAAACCGGUGGAUAUGCGGGAUACAGCACCCAGUAUAAUGCUCAAGGUUGGGGCGCGCCACCAGGACCGCCACAGCAGCAGCAAAUCCCGCCGCCGCCACCGCAUCAAUGGGGUAGUAGCUAUAAUGUUCAACCUGCUGCAGCUACCCAAGGUUAUGGAAGUUAUGGUGGGCCGGCGGCGGCCGCUUCAGGGGGCUACGGGCCCACGGCGGGUACUGGCGGGGCUGCGGGAGGCGGGCCUGGGGGCUCUUGGAGCUCCUGGAACAUGCCACAGAAUGGGCCUCCUCCUGGGACCCAGCCCCCACCCCAGCCCCCUCAGCCUAACUCCUCGCAGCCCAACUCCAACUCGAACCCCUCUGGCCCGCAGGGUGAUAUGUAUUCGCGGCAAAAUACGGGUUCAGGUGCGCCAGGAUCUAGCAGCAGUUCAGCCAAGACUCCAGAUUACACUGGAUAUUCUGCAUACAGUAAUUAUGCUGAUACUUCUUAUCCUCAGCGUUCGUAUCAAGGAGGCGAAAACAGUCAAGGAGGGGUACGCUACAUGCCGAGUAGGGGAAGUCCCGCGUAAGGAGGCUGUUUGUGCAGCGGGCUGAUAUUUCAAUCGUUACGAGAGGAGAGAAUGAGAAGGAGGAA